AUGGCAACGAAAUUUAGUGAUUUACUCGGAGAUAGUUUACUUGCAGCCAAAGCUGAUGGAGAAAGCGAAGCCUAUCGACAAGUACCAACUAGUGAACUAGAGAACAAGGUCGUGGGAAUUUAUUUUUCGGCUCAUUGGUGUGGACCUUGUCGAAAUUUUACUCCAAAAUUGGUUGAAUGUUACACAAAAGUUCAAUCUGAAUUACAUGAUCGAUUUGAAAUUGUGUUUGUGUCAUCGGACAAAGAUGAAGAAUCUUUCAAAGAAUAUUUUCAAACUAUGCCAUGGAAAGCUAUCCCUUUUUCAGAUCAAGCUCGUGCCAGAAAACUAGGAGAGAAGUUCAAUGUAGACGGCAUUCCAGCACUGAUUGUUCUCUUACCUAAUGGAGCAAUCUUAACUUGUGACGGUCGAGAAGAUAUCGUAAAAAAAGGAGAAGAAGCUAUACGAUUAUGGUCACAAGAUGAAAGCAAACUACCUAUACCUCCUGAUGAAUAUGUGUGGCAAGGAGUAUUCUGCGACGGAUGUAAAAUGGACCCACUUGUUGGUCAACGAUAUGUAUGUUCUACAUGUAAGGAAUUCGAUUUAUGUGCUGCAUGCCAGAAGAAAGGACAUGAACAUACACUUACAUAUAUGUCGCAGCCACUAGCAACGAUUGGAAUACUUGUUUGGAAAGGAAUAAAUUUAAACUCUUAG